AUGUCCUCCAACCAGUACGACGUGAUCAUCGUUGGCGCCGGCAUGGCAGGCCUCAAGCUCAAGCGUCCCGCGCCCCUCCGAAUAUGCCUCCUCGAACGCUCGCUCGCGGAGCCGGACCGCAUCGUCGGCGAGGCGCUGCGCAGGCUCGGCAUGGCCGCCUGUCUGGAGGGCAUCGACGCCGUCCCGGUGCGUGGCUACUGUGUCGUGCUCAACGUCAAGCCCCUUCCACACGGCCCCUCCAUCCAGUCGCUCCGCAAGAAGGCACGGGCGGCGUUGGGCGUGGAGACCGUCGAGGCGACGGCGUCGGAGCUGGUCGAGUGUCCGACGACCGGGCGCGUGCUGGGUGUGCGGGCGACGCGGAAGGUUGAGGGCGGGGAGCAGGCGGCAGAGAAGGAGACGUUCCUCGCCGACCUCACUAUCGUCGCGGACGGCUGCUUCUCGAACUUCCGAACUGCGGUUUUGGACGGCGCAGGUAUGAAGUCCGUCACGAAGAGCCAUUUCGUUGGCAUUGUAUUGGAGGACGCGGAGUUCCCGAUACCGAAGCACGGAACGGUGGUCCUGGUGAAGGUCCUGGUGAAGGGCCAUGGGCCCGUUCUCCUCUACCAAAUCGCAAGUCGUGACACACGGAUGCUUGUCGACCUCAAGACCCCUCUUCCCCCUGACAUCGAACAAGUCAUCCUAGAUGAGAUUGGCCAGCACACGAAGGAGGGCGUGUUCCUCGUCGGCGACUCGUGGAACAUGCGACAUCCGCUCACGGGCGGUGGCAUGACCGUCGCGUUCAACGAUGUUGUCGUCCUGCAGGACCUUCUACGCGAGAUCUUGCAUGUGCUCCAUCGGUGGCAUUGUGUGGCAUUGUAUGAUCUGUUUGGGGCUGAUGACGAGGCCCUGGAGGUCCUGCGGAUGGGCUGCUUCAAGUACUUCGAGCUAGGCGGUGACUGCGUUCGCGACCCUGUAUCCCUCCUCGCUGGCAUCGAGCAAUCGACGCUCCUGCUCGCACGCCACUUUUUCGCUGUCGCGUUAUACGCCAUCUGGGUGAUGUUCACGCACCCGCGGCGGAUCGUCGUCGACGAGAAGGCGGUGUACGUCAAGCCUGGCUUCGAGGAGUAUCCUAUCUUGCUCCUCAAGUGCAUCCGCGUGUUCUGGACGGCGUGUGUGGUGUUUCUGCCACUCGUGUGGACGGAGAUCCGCUGGUGGUGA